UAUAAAUAUUAAAACUCUGAAUAAAAUAAAUCAAGAAGAUCAGCCAUUGAAGAAUAAAUGAGCGCGAAGAAACAAAAAAAUAAAGGCAUAGAAGCAUGAUUUGUUUUAUAAUUGUAAUAAAAAACAAAUUGGUGGCCUGAUAAUUAAUUUAUUUAUUAAUUUAAUUUUUCUGUGUGUCGUAAUUAAGAAGCUAACAAAUUAAAGAAAAUAUGGUGGAAGAAGAUUGUGAGGAGAUAAAUACAAUCGAGCAAUGGAAGUUGUCCGAACUGCAGGACCUUGAACUUGUUGUCUCAUCAACCUCACCGGAUAAUUACCUCUCUUCUUCAACUGCACGAACUGCACCACAAAGCACCGGACAGCUCAAACUACCAGCAAUGGAGGUUUCCACCUCCGGCGAGAAGAAACACGGCGGCGGUGCACCGGAGAAUCCCCCUCCUCCCCCGCCGCCGCCUUCCGUCGGGUUUCGAGAGCUGUUCCGGUUCGCCGAUGGGCUUGAUUAUUUUCUAAUGGCAAUCGGUACAGUUGGCGCCAUUGUUCAUGGCAGCUCGUUGCCGUUGUUCCUUCGAUUCUUCGCCGAUCUCGUUAAUUCCUUCGGUUCUAAUGCCGACAAUGUCGAUAAGAUGACGGAAGAAGUUUUGAAGUAUGCUUAUUACUUUCUUGUAGUUGGAGCUGCUAUUUGGGCAUCUUCAUGGGCAGAGAUAUCAUGUUGGAUGUGGAGUGGAGAAAGACAAUCAACAAAAAUGAGGAUCGAAUACUUAGAAGCUGCUCUGAACCAAGAUAUUCAAUUCUUCGAUACACAAGUCCGUACAUCCGAUGUAGUUUUCGCCAUUAACACCGAAGCUGUGUUUGUUCAAGAUGCCAUUAGUGAAAAGUUGGGGAAUUUCUUACAUUACAUGGCAACAUUUGUGUCUGGAUUUGUCGUGGGAUUCACUGCAGUGUGGCAGCUAGCUCUCGUCACACUUGCCGUCGUUCCUCUAAUAGCUGUCAUCGGAGGUAUUCAUGCCGUCACGUUAGCGAAACUCUCCGGCAAGAGCCAACAAGCUCUCUCCCAAGCAGGAAAUAUUGCAGAGCAGACAAUAGGCCAAAUUCGAACAGUUUUGGCGUUCGUGGGCGAAUCGAGAGCGCUGCAAUCCUACUCAGCAGCCCUCAAAGUUUCGCAAAAAAUCGGUUACAGAACCGGAUUUGCUAAAGGAAUGGGAUUAGGAGCAACUUAUUUCACCGUAUUUUGCUGCUAUGCACUUCUCCUCUGGUAUGGAGGUUAUCUAGUUAGGCACCAUUACACAAACGGAGGGCUUGCGAUAUCAACCAUGUUUGCCGUCAUGAUUGGUGGCCUGGCUUUGGGGCAAUCUGCACCAAGCAUGGCUGCAUUCGCAAAGGCAAGAGCCGCAGCAGCUAAAAUAUACUGUGUAAUCGACCACAAACCAAGCGUCGAACGAAACAAAGAAUCGGGUUUGGAACUAGAAUCAAUAACGGGUCAAUUAGAGCUUAAAAAUGUGAUCUUUUCCUACCCAUCGAGACCCGAAAGCCGAGUACUCAACAAAUUCUCUCUCAUUGUUCCUGCCGGAAAAACAAUAGCCUUGGUCGGCAGCAGUGGCUCUGGUAAAAGCACAGUUGUAUCACUCAUCGAGCGAUUUUACGAUCCCUCUUCAGGGAAAGUUAUGCUAGAUGGGCAUGAUAUCAAGAGAUUGAAAUUGAGAUGGCUGAGGCAGCAAAUUGGUCUGGUGAGCCAAGAACCGGCUUUAUUUGCAACCACCAUUAAAGAAAAUAUAUUAUUGGGAAGACCAGAUGCGAGUUUGAUCGAAAUCGAGGAAGCUUCUAGAGUGGCUAAUGCGCAUUCGUUUAUCGUUAAGCUACCAGACGGCUACGAUACUCAGGUAGGAGAGAGAGGAACACAACUCUCCGGCGGGCAAAAGCAGAGAAUAGCAAUAGCAAGAGCAAUGCUGAAAAACCCAUCAAUCCUUCUCCUAGACGAAGCAACGAGCGCACUAGAUUCCGAAUCGGAAAAGCUAGUCCAAGAAGCACUCGACCGCUUCAUCAUUGGUAGAACCACCCUAGUCAUCGCCCACCGCCUCUCCACCAUCCGCAAAGCCGACCUCGUCGCCGUUCUCCACCAAGGCAUCCUCCACGAAAUGGGGGCCCACGAAGACCUCAUCUCGAAAGGCCAAAACAGCCUCUACUCCAACCUCAUCACCAUCCAAGAAGCCGCCCUCGAAGCUGCUCGAAAAAGCAGCGCAAGGCAGUCUAGUGCAAGAAACUCGGUGAGUUCACCGAUAAUCACGAGGAACUCUUCUUACGGGCGAUCGCCUUACUCGAGAAGAUUAUCCGAUUUCUCCACAUCGGAUUUCAGCCUCUCCAUGGAAGCCUCUUCAUACCCUAAUUACCGUCUCGAAAAGCUGGCUUUCAAAGAGCAAGCGAGUUCCUUUUUGCGUCUGGCGAAGAUGAAUUCUCCGGAAUGGGGUUACGCAUUGAUCGGUUCAAUAGGCUCGGUCGUAUGCGGCUCGCUUAGCGCGUUCUUCGCCUAUGUGCUGAGUGCUGUUAUGAGCGUGUACUACAGCCUGGACCAUGCUUACAUGAUCGAACAGAUUGGGAAGUACUGCUACCUUCUGAUCGGAGUUUCUUCGGCUGCGCUCGUUUUUAAUACCCUGCAGCAUUUCUAUUGGGACGUUGUCGGGGAGAAUCUGACCAAGCGCGUGAGGGAGAAGAUGCUUGUGGCUGUGCUGAAGAAUGAAAUGGCCUGGUUCGACAUGGAAGAGAACGAGAGCUCUAGGGUUUCCGCCAGGCUGGCGCUCGAUGCGAACAACGUUAGAUCUGCCAUCGGAGAUCGGAUUUCUGUUAUUAUGCAGAACUCUGCUCUUAUGCUUGUGGCUUGCACUGCUGGAUUUGUGCUCCAAUGGCGGCUUGCACUUGUUCUGAUUGCUGUUUUUCCUCUCGUCGUUGCAGCUACUGUCUUACAGAAAAUGUUUAUGACUGGAUUCUCCGGCGACUUGGAGGCGGCGCACUCCAAGGCAACACAGCUGGCGGGGGAAGCGGUGGCGAAUGUGAGAACAGUAGCGGCAUUCAAUUCGGAGUCAAAAAUUCUCAACCUUUUCAUCGCCAGUCUGCAACCGCCGCUCCGGCGGUGCUUCUGGAAGGGGCAGGUCGCCGGGAUCGGUUACGGCGUCGCCCAAUUCGCACUCUACGCCUCCUACGCGUUAGGGUUAUGGUACGCCUCGUACCUCGUGAAGAACGGAAUCUCCGACUUCUCAAAAACCAUUCGCGUCUUCAUGGUGCUCAUGGUCUCCGCAAACGGCGCCGCCGAAACCCUAACCCUAGCCCCCGAUUUCAUCAAGGGCGGCCGAGCGAUGCGUUCCGUUUUCUCCCUCCUCGACCGGAGAACCGAAAUCGACCCCGACGACCCGCCGGAAACCACCAACAACUCCAACCCGGAGAAGCUCCGUGGUGAAGUGGAAUUCAAGCACGUCGAUUUCUCGUACCCGAACCGGCCCGACGUGUCGAUCUUCCGCGACUUGAACCUACGGGCCCGGCCCGGGAAAACACUAGCCCUAGUUGGACCAAGCGGGUGCGGCAAGAGCUCCGUGAUAUCUCUGAUACAGAGAUUCUACGAGCCGUCGUCGGGUCGUGUUUUCGUGGACGGGAAGGAUAUCAGAAAGUACAAUCUCAAGUCGUUGAGGCGCCACGUGGCGGUGGUCCCACAGGAGCCGUGCCUAUUCGCGACGAGCAUAUACGACAACAUCGCCUACGGCGGGGGUGAGUCGGUGACGGAAUCGGAGGUCGUCGAGGCAGCGAGAAUGGCGGACGCGGAUAAAUUCAUAGGGUCGCUGGCGGAGGGAUACAGGACGUUUGUAGGGGAGAGAGGGGUGCAGCUGUCGGGGGGGCAGAAGCAGAGAAUUGCUAUUGCCAGAGCAUUGUUGAGGAGGGCGGAGAUAAUGUUGCUGGACGAAGCGACGAGCGCGCUCGAUGUGGAGUCGGAGAGGUGUAUAAAGGAAGCGCUGGAACGAGCUUGUGCGGGGAAGACGACGAUCGUGGUGGCGCACCGGCUUUCGACGAUCAGAAAUGCGCACGUGAUUGCGGUGCUUGAUGAUGGGAAAGUGGCGGAACAGGGCUCCCAUUCUCAUCUCUUGAAGAAUUAUCCUGAUGGGAUAUAUGCUCGUAUGAUGCAGCUGCAGAGACUCACACCCUCGUCAAGAUGAAAUCCAGAUUAUUACUUUUUUUUUUUAUUUUUUUUAUAAUUAAUUUCGUUGUAGUAUACUAUAGCAUGUGCAUUA